AUGAACAGCGGCAAGGCCUUUGGCUAUCGACAUGCUGUUCUUCUUAUUACCAAGAACGCUCCUGGCUGGUCAUCCCCUGUUAAUCGCCGGCUCUUAUACAAUUCCGUUGCACCGAAGCAGGAAAUACAGGAGACACACAAUAGCUCAAAGAAAGUCAGCAGUGCAAGUAUUAAAAAAGCCGCUCUUGCAGCUAUGAAUAAUGGAAACGUGGUCAUUGAAAUUGAUCCCGACCAUGGGAAAUUCCUACAAUUCGGGAAUAUCUUUCUUAGAGAGAAUUGCCAGUGCCCGCAAUGUACUCACCCAGAUACAAAGCAAAGAAUCGUCGACACUUUCUCAAUUCCCUCAGAUGUCAAAUCUGACAGAAUCGUGAACUCUCCCACCGAUGUCACAAUUAAAUGGAGUGAUGGUCACAUCAGCUCGUACCCAAGGGACUGGCUCUCUUCUCAUCUAGGACCUAAAAAUCCAAGUCCGAGCAAAGCAGAAUCCCAGGUCAACAGAGCAAAAGCACCCAGAUCAUUUACGGCAUAUGACCCCUCCAAAGGAGAACCUUAUCCCGAGGUAGCAUAUGAGGCCGUGAUGUCAAAAGAUGCCUCUGUGCUGGAAUGGCUAGAAAAAAUAUGGAAAUGGGGCUUCUGUUUUAUUAAGGGUGUGCCUGUAGAUCCUGCAUCGACCAAGACGCUGAUCGAACGAAUUGCAUUUAUCCGGCACACACAUUAUGGUGGCUUCUGGGAUUUCACCGCCGAUCUCACCUUCAAAGACACAGCAUACACAACCGAAUUCCUAGGUGCACAUACAGACAAUACUUAUUUCACAGAUCCAGCGAGACUUCAGCUUUUUCACCUUUUAUCCCAUAAAGAUGGACAAGGAGGCGAGAGCCUGCUGGUCGAUGGGUUCGCAGCUGCCCAGCAAUUAUUAGCAGAGAACCCCAGACAUUAUGCUGUGUUGAAUACUUAUAGACAUCCCUGGCAUGCGAGCGGCAAUGAGGAUGUUUGUGUUCAACCAUCAGCCAUGGCUCCUGUCCUUAGUAUUCAUCCAGAUAUGGAUAGAGUUUAUCAGAUUCGCUGGAACAACUAUGAUCGUGCACCAAAGACCGACUGGGGACUAGGAGAGCAAAAGGAUUGGUACCGCGCUGCCCAGCACUACAAUACCAUUUUGACCAAAAAGUCAAAUGAGAUCUGGACUCAGCUGAAGCCAGGUACUGCAUUGAUCUUCGAUAACUGGAGAAUGUUACAUGGUCGUGCCGAGUUCACGGGGAAGCGACGGAUGUGUGGUGGCUAUGUUAAUAACGACGACUUUAUUUCACGACUCCGCUUGCUGAAGUAUGGGCGUGAAAAGGUCCUGAAGAACCUUGGCAAUUUCCGCCUUGGACGAAACCCAAGCCAGAACCCCUAUUCCAUCUACUAA